AUGGUUUCCUUUCGCCUCCUCUUUGUCGCCACCGCUAUGUUAGCGGCCCCCGUCAUGGCGGCCCCAGGCAUCGCCUCCGCCGGGGACUCGGGCCAACUCGUCAACAACGUCGACGGUGUAAGCGAGCAGGUCAAGACGCCGCAAGAUCUGGCCGAGACCACUGAUUUCUCCCAACUCUUAUCAAGGGGCGAGGAGAAUGAUAUCGAGAACACGCCUCGAUCGGUUGGGAGACCGAAGCGCAGCUGCGACUCCGAGCUGGACCUGUUGAUGCUCACUGUGGACUUUAAGACCCACAAGGUAUAA